AGAAACCUAACCUUAACUUGUCACCGAUCCCCCUUAAUCAACCUAAAAAAAAACCCGUUCGCCCAAAAUGCCCGAAAACUGGAAAUACUUCGCCCCGUUCGAAGUGGUCAUCCACAACAAACCCGACGACUGCUGGGUCUCCCUGCUGGGCAAGGUCCUGGACGUGACGCCGGUCAUCCGGCAGUACGCCGGCCAACGGUGCAUCGCCCCCCUCCUAACCAUGGCCGGCAAGGACGUCUCCCACUGGUUCGACGAGACCACCGGCGACAUCCAGCACUACGUGCACCCCAUCACCGGGUGCCGGGUGCCCUACUGCCCGCACGGGCCCCUUCCCGACGUCCGGGUGCCCGUGCCGGCCACCGAUUGGCAGCCCCUCUGCAAACCCCCUUGGUGGCACGACAAAAGAUACCAAAUCGGAUUGCUGACUAAAAGAGUGAGACCCUUGCGCAUUAUUAACAUGAUUUGUCCCUUUACUAGGGAGGUUUUGAUAAAUGUUUGUUGCGAAGAUACCUUUUGGAGGAUCGAGGAUAGGUAUAUGGAGUUUAAUAACGACGCCGAAUGUUACACUUGGAGAUAUUUAGGCCAAAAUUUGAAUAUGGACAAAACGAUGGAAGAGAACGGAAUUUGCGACGAACGCGAUAAAUUCACCGAGCUCGGGCUGUCCCAAAACUACCACGUACCCAGCGUGUCUCUCUAUUACAACGACAAUUUGAAAUAUUGCAAUACGGAAGACGAUUAUUGCCCGUCCAUACCGUCGGUUACAUCGUGCAAAGAACUAAAUUCCAAAGUAUAACUCGCUUGCAUACUAUUUUCGUACUAUCUACUAAUUUUCAGUGCGUUUUUGUUAAUGGACCGGCAAUUAUCACGCUUGAAUCGGAAUCGUCGUUUCUCUUUCUGCUCCGCCACGCGAAUUACCAAUGCAUAAUUACGGUUAAUAAACUCUUGUACGAUUCGCAUUUUACACGAAUACAUUUAUUUCCCUUAAUCACUUAAAAAAUAUACCAUUUUUU